AUGGAGAUUUGGGUUCGCGCCGUUUUAUCCGGCGGCAUCUUCGUCGCGGCUAUGCUGGCGGCGGCCGCUGGGACGGGAGGCGGAGCGUUGUAUAUCCCCGGCUACGUGGUGGCUCUCCGUGAUGUGCACAAAGCUGUGCCUCUUUCGAAAGUCACCAUUUUCGGAGCUUGCUUAAUGUCUGUUCUCUUCAACCUCCGGAGAAAGCAGCCUUCUGGGAAACUGUCUCUCAUCUCGUAUGAACUCGCGGCGAUCCUCGAGCCCUUCACACUCUUAGGCGGCGUACUCGGCGUCCUGCUGAAUAUCAUCAUGACUGACCUUCAGAUUAUAUGCUGCCUGGUUGCUGUUCUGUCUUUCACGACCUACAAAACGACCCGAAGGGGAAUUCUACAAUACAGAGAGGAGUCGCGCCUCAUCGCGCAGCGAGCGGGAACUGACUCAGCUCUUCUGUCGGCGAAGCCCGCCGUUCCGCUGUUUUCUCCCUCCGAGCCCGGGGGCGACGACGAGACUUCGUCGCUUCUUGCGCCGGACUCGCUGCCUUUUUCUUCUCGCCAACCGUCGCGCGGCGGGCAUCUGUUGAGCACUGCCUCGCUGGCGGAGAUCAUGGAGACGCCCGACAUUUUGCUCGACUCGCCGACCUCGGGAGAGAAGGACGGCACUUUGAAGGGCGACUUGGGCGGUCAUGACGAGCCGUGUCUGCGUCAGCUCUCGCCCAGGGAGAAGGACGUUAUUGAGCACGAGAGGGAAGAAAUCCUUGAGGCGAAGCAACAUCCCUCCUGGAUUAGUCUGGUGUAUCUGGUCUUCGAUGUAGUUGUCAACACGCUGUGUCUCCUCGGCGCGGGCGGCCCGGUCGCCAUCGUCUGCGGCGAGCCGUGGCAGCAAGCGCUCAUCUACUUUUUGAUUUCUUUUCACGUUUUCGCGACGGCGUUGUACGCGCGCUGGCUUCUGCGUUCCAAGAGAAGGCGCGAGCAACUCGGCAUUCGCGAUGAAGACGUUGAACACGGCGGCCUGGGCUGGGUGUCGCCGCGCACCGUCGUCCUCUAUCCCUUUCUUUCGCUUCUUGCGGGCGUCGCCGCGGGGUCUUUAGGGAUCGGGGGAGGUCUGAUCAAGGGGCCGCUGCUGCUGGAGAUCGGUUUGAAUUCGCUCUCUGCUGUGACGACGGCGAAUUUCAUGAUUUUCUUCACGUCCUCCGCCAACGCGCUGCAGUACGCGACGCUGGGGCGGCUGCAUAUCGAGGACUCCAUCAAUUUCUUCUGCAUUGCCGCACUAGGCGGCGCUGUCGGACUCGUGUGCGUCACAAAGGCUCUUAAGCGUACCAAGAGACAGUCGGGGCUCACACUUCUCCUCGCGUUCACGACACUCCUCAGCAUGCUGUGCAUGCUUUUCUCCUUCGGCUACAACCAUAUGCGCAAUACAGGGAGGGGGAACGACAAACCGCUCACCAUGGAAGACGCCUGCCAAGAGCGCAAUCGGCUUCUCUUUGUCCAUUCCUAG